ACUCUCUAUAUAUCUUCACAUUCACUUCUCACGAUUCACAUUCACUUCUCACGAUACAGAUUCAGUUCUUAAAUUCAAUUUCAAGUUACUGAGACAGACAUCCGGGUAGUUGGAGGAUGAAGGAAGAGCAAUCGAGCGCAGAUCGAUAGAUAGCAUUCAUUGGCGCACAGGACUCCUCUUGGGCCAAUCAGCACCUACGUUUUGGAGCAUAGUACGUACCCGCCAUGAAACAAGGAAGACGUGCUUGCCUUUUAUGUCAAUGUGCCUUGCCGGUGGCCGGCCUUGACCCAGACCGCCGUGACCAACAUGGAUUCGGCUGGGACAAAUACGAACAUUGUCAUUCAGGAGUGCUUAGCCAGACUGAGGGAAAGACUGCAGUGUGCCCUCAACAACAACCCUCCUGAUCUUGAUUAUUUGGAAUACAUAGUGACCCAAGAGAAGACCUUCAUAAAUGCAAUGGAGAAUGUAGCUCUGCCUAAUGAUAUCUGUGAAGCCCUCCAUCAACUGAGCAGUUUGUUAGACCUGCGGAAUAAACCUCCCCCCUCAAUAUCUGUGGUGAGGAGUAUAGGUCCCCGUGGACGUUUUAGACUGCAGAUCACAGAGGAACACCUCCAAAGUCUUCUUCACCUAGGUCUACCUGCCACAUGUGCAGCAGACAUUCUUGGAGUCUCAAGAAGAACCAUAUACAGGAGGAUGCAGGAAUACAACAUGUCAGUUAGGAGCCUGUAUUCCACCAUGACUGAUGAUGCUCUGGAUAAUGAAGUGAGAGCCAUCAAAUCUAGACUACCUCAUGCUGGAUACCAGAUUGUCAAGGGGUGUCUUCAAGCAGAGGGCCACCAUGUACAAUGGACCAGACUCAAGGCCUCUAUGCAUAGAGUUGAUACAGAGGGCAUCUUGUCAAGAAUGACAAGUAUGGGCUGUGUUGUUCGGCGAAAAAACUGUGUUCAAGGCCCACAUUUUCUGCAGCACAUAGACACCAAUCAUAAACUCAUUAGAUAUAACAUGGUGAUAUUCGGUGGCAUUGAUGGCUACUCGAGGAAGAUCAUGUACCUCAAUGCUGGGUCAAACAACACAGCGAGUACUGCACUUCAGUUUUUUCUGGAUGGAGUGAGGAGAUUUGGAUGGCCUUACAAGGUAAGAGGUGACCAGGGUGUUGAAAAUGUCAGCAUUGCCCAGAUGAUGUUCACUGUGAGAGGCACAGGACAUGGAAGCUUUAUAAGUGGAAAAAGCGUGCACAACCAGAGAAUUGAACGUCUGUGGAGGGAUGUUUGGACAGGAGUUACUCACGUUUACUAUGACGUAUUACACAGUCUGGAAGAAGAUGGAUCCCUCGACAUCUCUGAUAAUCUCCAUCUCUUCUGUGCUCAGUACACCUUCCUCCCAAGACUCAAGGCUGAUUUGGCCAAGUUUUCUGCUGGAUGGAAUGAUCAUCCUAUCAGGACAGAGGGCUUCCUUACCCCAAACCAGCUGUGGGAGCUUGGGAUGCUGCAGCACCCCAUCCGCGAGCCAGAGACGUUUGAGGAAAAUGUGGCAGGAAUCCAAAUUGAGGAUAUUGAUUGGGAGAGCUCAGGGCUCUCUCAUAACUCUGCCAACACAGGUGUUACCGUGCCAGAAAUGGAAUGUCCAUUGAAGACCGAGGACAUUGAAACUCUACGCCUUGCCAUUGAUCCCCUUUCUCAUUCAAAUAGUUUUGGAAGAGACAUUUAUUUGACCACACUCGCACAUGCAUUGUACCUACUUCACCAUCAUUGACAGUCAUGUCUGUGCCAAUCAGAGGACUAAAGGCUUUUAAUAAUUCAUGAUUGCUCAAGUCCAGUCUAGGACCCCAUGUAUCCAGGCACCUUAUAGUCCGCCUUCCAUUUACAGCAAAGUAAUUGAAACCAAAAGAAUGCCACAAAAUGUUGUAUUUUGCUUCCAAAGAUUUUGUAUUUUUUAAUCGGACUUCUGUCAAGCUGACACAACCACAGGGAAGUGGGAAAGAACGCAGUGAAGGACAUCUUCUCUGACAAACAUUGUAAUGGUGCGAUGCCCAUAUGGAAGUGCUGUUUAGAGUGUAACAUUCAAUGUGGCUAACAAUGAUUUAUACUUUCUAAAAUAUCAAAUCAAUUAGCCAUGCACACUGGGUCAUUUAAUACACCCAUGAACAAUGAACAGAUACGAACUGGAUUUUACAAAAAAUGAAAUAAAAGACUGCACAAACA